CAAAUGGGUGCACAACGAAAACAGAGAACCAAAAAGGACCCAAAAUCCCACGAUCCCUCGCACGCGAUUGCUCUGCUGCUGAUUCAGAAACACCGCCCAACCUUCCUACAAAAUGGACAAGGAAGUCGCCGUGCUGCAGCGUAAACUCGAAGCGGAGCUGAAAAACUUCAAGGACACGCAGCGAGAGUUCUCGAAACUUGUGCAAACGCAGCAGCAGCUCGAUGGGCAGUACUUCGAAAACAAGAGCAUUCUGGAGGAGCUGCAAAUGCUGAAGCCAACCAACACGGUGUACAAACUGUACGGCCCGGUGCUGGUGAAGCAGGAUCUCGAGGAGAGCAAGCAAAACGUCGGCAAGCGCAUCGAGUACAUCACGAAGGAGCUGAAGCGGUGCGGGGAGAACAUUACGCAGCUGGAAGCGAAACAGGACAAGUACCGUGCGAACCUGCAGAAGCUGCAGAUGCAGUACCAGAGCCAGAUGGCGAUAGCAAAGCAGUAGUGUCGUACGACCGUUGCUGAUAUCAGAUAUCAUCCAGCACGCUAACCAUUGCAAUCAUUUUCCGGAAUAAAUCGUGCACGCACCAUCUUCUAGCUUGAGCUAUCGAA